AUGGCGCAUAGAGACAGACCCAUGACAGGCAGUGAACUGUUGCUUCCACGUUUUCGGGGAGACGGUGACCGCGCGCCCCGCUUUCCGGGAAGCUCGUCGGAGUCUCACUAUGCCGGAGGAUCGAUCUGUGGCUGCGAUGGCGGCGGCCUCCGUGGUGAAGGCGGAAGCGGAGGACCCUGGUUCUGGCAGGACCCGAAACCUCCCGUAGAUGCUUUACUGGGACAUGUCCGGCCCGGAGCAGGCUCUGUGCCGCCGCUGGCUGCGGUCCGAGUGGCGCUCCAAGGAGCAGAUGCUGGAGCUGCUGAUCCUCGAGCAGUUCCUCAGCAUCCUCCCGCACUGGCGCCCCGAGAGUGGGGAGUUGUCGGCGGCUUGGGCGCGCGCCCUGCACCCGUCCUCCCCAUAGGGCACACCAAGGCCGAGGCCCCUCAGAAUGGCUUGUGCGGAGAGAGCACGGAGGACUACGGGAGCACGGCCGUGCCUGGCCUGGAGAACCAAGCUGCCUGGAACCCCAACCUGAUCCCAAAGCAGGAGAAGGACUGCAAGGAGGAGGCCAAGCCUGCGCAGGCCUGGGUACAAGGCGCGCCCCCGGGGACAGACCCUGACAGGGAAGAUAAGCCACCUAAAGAUGCCGUCCACCACUGCCACAGCCCCAGGGUUCUCCAGGAGAGCCAGGGCCCACGGCCACCUCGCACGUCCCUUGCACGCCCAAGGAGGAAGGGCUUUGGAGAAGUGGAGAGCCGGAGCACACGGCCACCUCGCAGGUCCUCUGUGUGGCCAAGGAGGAAGAGUUUUGGAGAGGUGGAGAGCCCGGGACGCAAGGCCAUCUCGCAGGUCCUCUGCUGGGCCAAGGAGGAGUGGCUUUAGAGAAGUAACAACUUUGAGGAGGUUGCCACCGCCCCUGCCCUUGCUCAGGAUCAACCGUGCCACUUUUGUGAAGUAGUCCCCACUGGAGAACAAGUUUGCUGUGGGGAGUGGAGCCCGGCUCAUCUCCUCCAUCUGCUACUUUGAGUCUGAAAACGAUUGUGUUUUCUCGGCCUACAUCAAGGAGGUGGACGAGAAGCCGGCCAGCUGAUGGCGGAGUUCAGCAGCAGCAGCGCCGGCUGGGUGUGGGGCGUCAGCUUCUCCACCAGCGGGAGCUGCCUGGCCUGGGUCAGCCACAGCCUGUGGCUGACGCCUCCAGAGCAUGCAGCAGCGCCUGUAGCCAGCAGGCCCCCGUCUCUGCCGCCCUGAUGAAGAUGAUGGUUGGGAACUGGGAGGAUGGCGCCUCAGAUGCCUGAAUGUCUCCCCACUUCUGUGGUCCUCACCAGCCCCCAGGGAAAUGGGACGGAGCAUGGUGGCCCAGGAGGCGGAAGCAGGAGGCUCCGGAGUCAAGGCCAGCCCGGUCUCUGUCCCAGAAAACCAGAGCUGAAGCUGCUGCCCCCGCCUGGCACACACACACCCUCAGCUCCUUGCCCUGACACCACCCCAAACAGGACAGGGGCCAUCUUCCUCCUGCCUUCGUGCCACCCCAGGUCUUUGGGGAGAACCCAAAUGGUGCUUUGUCACCAGACUGCAGUGAAGGUGGCUUGGUGGCAAGGGAAGAAGACCGGAGCUCGCUUUAGGGCGGCUUGGCACUUGCCCUCUCAUUGUCAGCCCUUAAUGCACCAGGGGUUGGCCUCUGCCUGGCCACCCCGUGAGGAUGCGGAUGUGGUUCCUCCCAACACUGGCUCGACUAGUUCUCUUGUCAAAGGGUCACCAUGGCAAAAUUGUGCUCUGGGACAGCUUUGCUUGUGUCAAGCUUUUAUUUUGUUUUUUGAUUUUUGUUUGUAUUUUGUUUUGUUUUUAAAUUAAAAUUUUUAUAUUAAUUGUAGUUUAUUUACUUUGUAGCCCCCUUCCUCCUGUCAUCCCUCUCUCCUUGUCAUCCCUCCAUCCCCAUCAUCCCUCCAUCCCACUCUUCCUCCCCAUCAUCCCUCCCUCACUCAUCUCCCUGCUCCUCCCCCAGUCCACUGCUACGGGAGGUCCUUCUCCCCUUCCAUCUGACCCUAGUCUAGGUCUCAUCAGGACUGGCUGCAAUGUCCUCCUCUCCUCUGUGUCCUGGCAAGAAUGCUCCUCCCUUAGGGGUUUGGGGGGUCAAAGAGCCGGCCACUGAGGUCAUGUUAGAGACAGUCCCUUGGUGUCAAGCUUUCGUCCCUCUACAUGAAUACACUCUUACAAGCCAGGCACGGUGGCACAGGCCUAUGAUCCCAGCAUCCAGGGAGCUGAGGCAGGGGGAUCGUGAGUUAAUGGCCAGCCUGGUCUGCAGGGUAGAACCCUCACGUGACGCUGGCACAGCCCAACUUUUGUCUCGGAGAACAGCAUCGUGGCUGCGGUGAGUGUGCAUCCCUUGUGGUGUGCUGCCUGUGCUGGGUCCAGGAUGUGCCCAACACAACCUCCUCCGCACACAGUCCCCCACAGUUUGCCCCCUCGUGGGGUGCCACCUGUCUGUUCCAGUCCCAGGGUGCUCCCCCACAGCCUUCCCCAGGGUGGGCAGGGGGAUGCCACCCCCAUUGCAGGGCCAUGAUUGCUGCCCGAUGCUCUUCAGCUAUGAUGACCACAGCUGUCUAAGCUUCAUAUCCAAGCUGGAGGUCUCCAAGAAGAGCACCCAGCACAACAUGUCGGCCAUGGAGUGCUUCUGCAACAUGGACAAGAGGGCCACCACCAAGGACCACAACUCACAGCCCUGGAGAUGCUGCACAUGAAUAGCAUCACAUGGGCCGGUUUGACAGACGGGGUGGCCUGGGCCUGCCCAUCAGCUCAGUGUGACAGGCGGUGUAUGGUGGGGUGAGCCUUCUCAUCAGCUCGUGACAGGCAGCGGGGUGGCCGGGGACAGCACAGCCUUUAACCCUGGUGCCCAGGAGGCGGAGGCAGCUGUGAAUCAGUUCCAGGCCAGCCUGGACUACAAAGUGAAACCCUGUCCCACCAGCAAAAGGGGAGCGACCAGUGCCUCCUCGUUGUGCCCUGUGGGGUGCUUGUGGCACCCAGCACUCAGGAGGAGGGGUGCGGCACCUGGCAGAGCAGGCCUGGCUGGCUGAGGGGAACACAGGUCCCUGCUGGGCAUGGUGGCCCAGGCCUGUGGGUCCAGGCUCUUGCCAAGCCAAACAAGGUGCAUGUGCUGCACAGAGCCUGCACAGAGAAGGGAGAGAACAGAAUCUCACAGUCGUCCGCUGAUCUGUGUACCAAACAAAGCAUAAUGAAUAACCUGAAAUGAUAGUGAAUGUGUAAAGGCCUUUCUCACGGGCUGCGCUGUGGCCUCUGCCCUUCAAGGGCUAGCUAGGCUGGAGUUUGAGGAGGAGGAGGCAGACUUUGGAAGCUCUCCAGAAGGUUGGUUCACCCGGGUUUGCCCCAACUGGCCAGCUGUGCUGGCAUCUGGGGGUGACAGCCUGCUGUAAGGAGUUGCCCUGUUUUGUUUCCUUCAGGGUUAUGAACUUGGGAUGGAACUCAGGACUCAUGAAGGCUGAUUUCAGAUGCCAGAAAGGCUUUUGGCCUUGGGAUCUGGCUGUCCCAGCAGGCUGCUCUUUGGGGCCUUGUUGGGGAUCAGUUGGAUUCAGCCAUGCUCAGGUCACACCUGAGCUUGGAAGGAGAAAACAGUUCUUUGUCUCCGUGUCUGUUGAGCCCUGCCAUGUCCCUACCUGCCUUCAUGAUGAGGCUGUGGUCUCUCCUCCUCCCAGUCCAUUCCCUCUUCCCCUCCCUCUCUUCCUGCUGCCUUCCUCUCUCCUUCCCCUUUCUGGUUCUUCUCCAUUCCCCCUCUCUCCUCCCUUUCUUUCUCCUCAUUUCUUCCCUCUCCCUUCCCCCUCUUUCUCCUCUUCCCCCUUCUUCUCCCUCCCCUCUCUCUCCCUCUUUCCUUUCUCCCUUUCUCUCUCUCCCUUUCUCUCCCCCUCUCUCACUCCCUCUCUCCCACUCUCUCCUUUCCUUUCUCUUUCCCUCUCUUCUCUCUCCCUUUCCCUCUCUUUACCUUCCUCUUCUUCCCUUUCUCUCUCCUUUCCCUUCUCUCUCCCUUUCUCUCCCUCUCUCCUUCCCUCUCCCUUCCUUCCUCUUCCUCUCUCUCCCUCCUUUUCCCUCUUCCUCUCCUGCUACACCCACUCCAGCGUCUGGCGUGGCAUAUCAAUAGAUAGCGCUACUCAGACUAUGUGUCCUUUGGGAUUAUGCUCUCUGGAGGUCCCUGGCAGACCCCCCCCCCCCGCCUGGCAAAGAGACGUAUUCUGAGAUUUCUACGCUUUUUUGGUUGCGGUUGUGGGGCUGGAUUAAUGAGGUUUUUUUUAUCUUUCUCUAUGACUCCUAAAACAGCACAACUAAUUCUAUAAAGAAAUUUAUCAUUAGUAAAUUAUUAAAGGCUUUAAUAAGAAUAAAAUGUAAAAAGAAUAAACUUAAGAAAAGUAAUAAAUCAGAUUCAGUAUCAAUAGGCAUUAUAAGAAUAGUAAAAAAAAUAAUAGGCUCCUUCUUAGAAAAAUAUAGCACGAGAAGUACAGCUGGCUCGAGCUUGCCCCCCUUAUUGUUUUGUUCCUAGGGAAGAUCAUAAAUCUUUAACAGGACAUAUGGGAGGAUGGUUGACAAAGGUGUGUUUAGACUUUGGCAGGCAUCUGACUUAGCUCCUGACUUUCCUCUUCAUUGGUUAGCAAUAAUGAAACUGCAUUUGAGGUUUCUUUCCCUUUGUCUGCUUUGAUCAAAAGUUUUUAGGCCAAGAUUUCUUGUGGGCACUCCCCUAUGUUAAAAUGUAAACUUUGUAUUCUUGGUAAAAGUCUAAAUGUUCUGGAAAGUAUGCCAAUUUUAAGGUGCCUUUUUGUAAGAUCAUUAUAAAAAUAUCAGCUUGACUUUAGUAAAAUUGCAGCAGAUUCCAAAGCCUCA